AUGCUGCGCUUCUCUGUUCUGCGCCGCUUCACCGCCACGGGCAGGAUUCUAUCCCAGCAAUGCGUCGGCGUCACAACUUCCAUCUUCCCUGGUCGGUAUGUGCAAGGCCCGGGCGCCAUGAACCUGUUGGGUGAGGAGCUUGCACGCUUGGGUAAGAGGGCUCUUGUGCUGCAGCCUCCCUCUGUUUCGAUGGGAUAUGGGCCGAGGCUUCAGAAGGUGCUGGAAGGGAAGGUGGACGCUGUGAUGGAGGCUUUUCGGGGGGAAAGCUCUGAUGAGGAGAUCAAUCGCCUCUGCAAGAUCGGAUCUGUGGACGUGGUUGCUGGCAUUGGAGGCGGAAAAACGGUGGACACCGCCAAAGCGGUCGCAUACCAACUAAAAGUCCCUGUUGCGGUGAUGCCAACGGUGGCGUCUACGGAUGCCCCAUGCAGCGCUCUUUCCGUCAUAUACAAGACAUCAGGAGAAUUUGACCGCUACCUGAUCUUGCCACACAACCCUAACGUGGUGCUCGUUGAUAGUGACAUUGUUUCCAGGGCCCCUGUGCGCCUCCUCGUAUCGGGGAUGGGCGAUGCCCUUGCCACAUGGUUUGAGGCGGAGUCGUGCGCUGUGAGUCGCAGGUGCAACUUGACGGGUCGCCUCAGCUCCCACACGGCCCUCGGCCUCGCUCGUCUUUGCUACGACACGCUGCUUCAGUACGGCGUUCUGGCCAAGGAAGCCUGUGCAAAGAAGACAAACUCCCCCGCGUUGGAGCGUGUUAUUGAAGCCAACACACUCUUGUCUGGUCUUGGAUUUGAAAGUGGCGGGCUUGCUGGGGCGCACGCCAUUCACAAUGGCCUCACACAGCUCCCAGAGGCGCACAACAUGUGGCAUGGUGAGAAGGUCACCAUUGGCUUACUUGCCUCGCUCACGCUAACCGACAAACCGCCUCAGGUAAUUGACGAGGUAUACAGCUUCUGUGAGAGCGUUGGGCUGCCAACGACGCUUGCAGACAUUGGGUGUAGUAAAAUGAGUGACGAGGCCCUCAUGAAGGUUGCAGAGACAGCGUGCGCACCGGGGGAGACAAUUCACAACGAGGCGGGUAUUGUGACACCGGAGGCCGUAAUGAAAGCACUGCGAGCGGCCGAUGCGAUUGGUUGCGCUCGAAAGCGCCAGUAG